AUGUCUCACCCAGAGGUGCAGGAGGCGGCCUCGGCAGAAGUGCAGCUCCAGGGCUGGAUGCUCAAGCUUUCGUCGGGUCGGGGGCGCAGCCGCUGGCAGAGGCGGUACUUUGUGCUCGAGGACAACGAGCUGCGCUACUUCCACAAGGAGGGCUCCAAGUCCGUCAAGAAGAGGUUUGACCUGCGCAACGCGCGCCUCAGCCUGGGAGGGACGUCCGCCGACCCCCGGGAGCUGGUCCUGAAGUUCCAGGAGCGCUCCUGGCACCUGCGCGCCGAGAGCGCGCAGCUGGCGCAGCAGUGGCUAACCACCCUGGAGGACGCCAGGGACCUCGCCGAGGAGCGGCGCCACGGGCCCAGGGACGACACCGGCGGCGAGAGCGAGGAGGAAGCGGAGGAGGAGGAGGACGAACAGCCGCAGGAGCAGCCGCAGGGCUCCCCGCCGCCCGAGCCCGCCGCGGCGCUGCGGCGCUCGGAGGCCGAG